AGCAGUGCAUGCCCGUCCCGCCAUCUUAGUUAACUUCGGCAUCUAUGAUACCCAGCUAUAAACACUCCCGGACACAUCUAUUGGCCCACCUAGUGUUUUAUGUUUCGGUCUGUCUCUAGCUAAAAAUAAAUGCUAUAAAUUUUUUGCAGUUUUGAAGCUGAUUUAUUGGUCAACCCUUUGGUAUGUUCUUUUUUUCAAUUUAUACUUUAUUGAAAAAAAUAAAUGGAACACAACACCUGAUCAACCGGUUACCGGAUUGUUUACUGUUUUGGUCAAGUUAGAGCAAAACAUGUUUUCCACGUCGCCCAACACAACAUUAACCACUACCGAAUUCGGUAAGAAUCGCCCGCCCACUGCGACUCCUGUGAGUCAACGCUACGACUGUCUGCCCACGACUGAACAUGAUAAUCAUAAACAGGAAGUAAAGCCCCACGAGGCGACAAUCUACAUCAUCUUACAUAUUUGUAUAUAUAAAUAUGACCAUAUAACAUUCGUGUAUGUUUGUUCGGAGAGAGCUGGAGUAAAGAUACGCAGAACUAAGACAGAGCAAUUGAACUGCGACUUUCGUUUCUCUUUUCCCAGUUUGCUCCAACUUACUGACCUAGGCUCGUUAAUCCAACACAAUGACCAUAUUAAUCGUGAAGUGAAAAAAAUUAUAAAUGAGGCAUGGAUGAAAUGGCGACAGGUCAGGUUAAUAAGCGACCCACAGAUUCCUCCUAAAAUGUAAAGGUAGCAUAAUAUCGAUAUCCUUUUUACUUUGAAGCAAAUAAAAGUUUUUUUUUAAUUAUAAAUAGGAAAUAAGCUUAAAACUUGGACAAUCAACUUGAAAGUCCUACCCAACCGUUGACUUCUAACACACAGUUGUUUUGUAUUUAACACUGCUUAGGUUUUUCUUAUUACAUAACUUUAUUAAAUAGAUAAUAUAUUUAUUUAACACACAAUUCCUCUAUAUUUUUAUUGUUUUUAACUUGCAUCAAGAUACAUUUUUAGUGAAGGUGCAGCCGCAGCGCAGGCAGCUUUAGCCGGCUGCAGAUAGAAGAAACGGACAUUAAAUGCUUCUAGUAGGAAACCCUAAUUUAAUCGGCUAAGAUAAGCCGUAUAAGUUCUAUACAUCUAUCUUCAGCCGUAACGUGCACACUUAUGGUCUAGUUAAUUAAUAAAAUCUCCACAAAGUCAUAUCACAGGCAAUUCAUAAUGAAACAUCAAAUAAAUCUUAUACAUAAUGUAAAAUAUAUAAUGGUAACAGUGAAUAAUCGAUGGUUAACAUCAUCUUAUACACACAAGUUUUUAAAAUCUAACCGACAUGACGUUUUAAAGAACCGGCACUCGAUUGCUGUUCUUUCCUUGAUGUGCCUUCCGAUAUUUCUGGCAAACAUAAAAGUUUGAAUAUUUACAUCGUAUGUACAUAUAAUUAUAGUUAUGAUACGGACUUGCUGAUUUGUCAAAGCAAAGACGUGAACUACACUAAGUCCAGAUUUGUAAGUGUAAAUACAAGCGUCUGAUAUGUACCUAUAUCUUCGCGGACUUUAGGUCUUCAAAACGCUAAAGUUAAAGAUUUUAAAGUAACCUAGCAAAAAGUAAUGACUUCUAGUGCCUACUUUUAGUGUUAUAUGUUAGAAACUGCAGCUCGUAGGAGAAAACAUACAGGCAUUUUUUUCUACGUUGCAUACGAUCUAGAUAUUUUAUAUUACCUGUAAGUUUUGUAUUAUUUCAACCUUAAAUAUUUUUAUUAAGCGGUGAAAUAAAUUAGGAUAUAUAAUGUUUUGUACUAAUUUUAAGUUAGACUAUAAUAUGCAUCCGCUGCAAUAGUUACGAUAACAACCGCGCGGCCCAAAAAACGCACUCGCGAGAGAAGUAUGAAUUAUAAUGUUUUCUUCGAGCGCGCAGUGGCAGCGACGGGCGGCGGGCGGCGGGCGACGGGCGACGGGCGGCGGCGGCCGAGUGGAAACAUCGCAACAACCGAAGCGGCGCCGUAAACUAUGUUUUUUCAAUUAUAAAAUGAAUAAAGCAAGUAAUGGCUUGCGUGUGAGUGGCGUGCGCGCGGCGAGCAGUGAGCGGCGGCCGGUAGCGGCGGCGGCGCGGCCAGACACUCGCGACGCGUUCCAGCUAUCGGCGCAGUCGCCACGCCGCAAUAUGAAGUUCUGCACCAUGUACAAAAUUUCAUAUGUGGCCAAGAAGAAAAAGCUCGAGGACCGUGGCGCUACAUUAAUCGAGUCAUUGUUCGAGCGACACCCUGGGCGAGUUACCUUCACACAGUUCCGCAACGGGUUGCUGUCCGUGCUCGGAGGGGGCGAUUCGCCGCCCCUUGCGCCCGCUGCCCCUGCUGCCUCUGCCGCUCCAAACCUGUCGCACCAAAGCGACGAAGAAUCUUCAGGUCGGGAGGUCGCUCCCAAGUUUGUGUACGGUGCGAAAAAAUACGGCCGGCGAUCGCGGCCGCAGCACGUCUUGGCCGAGGAGACGCCAAGACCGCGCGUCUCUUCCGACUCGCGGCUCGACAGCGAACGUUCCAAGGAACGAAUGAGGUGCAAACGUAGCGCAUCUGCUAUGGAGAGUCGCGUGCCGACCAUCGACAGUGACGUCACAGCGGAAGGCCUCGAACACGACAGGCGAGUGGAUCGUGAACACGCCUUAUCUUUAUGCCGCAGUCUUCAGAUGAAAGGUAUAGACAGCAGAAUCGUCGAUGGAGUCUUUGAAACCGUGUCCACCGAUGAAAUUACAGUAGGUGACUUUUUUGAUCGGCUAAAUGCUUCACUAAGCACUUCUAUAGCUGCAUCUAUCGACGGCGUGAGUACUUCCUCGCAUAAUAUCAUUCCGAACUCGGAGGUUACGAACCGAGUUCCAGAUGAGAUGUCGACUGAAGUGAUAGUAGAAGCAUUCGAGCGCUCCGGCGUGCGCCGACCGCGUCGAUUGCUUCUAGAGUUGGGUUUUGCCGCCGCCGCGGUUCGUCCCUCGGACCUAGAGCGUGCGCUUGACGACGAGUUGCAAGCGCUCACCGCUUCGCCCGAAGGUCAACCGGAAGCUCGCGAUUUUCUUUCUUUAGCUUUGCUCACCCUUUUGCGAUUAAGGCUAGAGCGGUCGCAGCAAUGCAUCUGCGCUGCAGUUGCAGAACGUGAUAAAUUACGAAUGGAUUUAGCGGAAGCAAAUCGUCGCGCACGCCUUCUUGCUCAGGACGUCGAUGACAACCAUGCUCGUAUUGAGGACGAACUAAAAGCGAGUUUACGUCAGGUAGAAGCUCGCUAUAACGAGGCGGCGCGCGCCUCGGCCGCCGAAAUGAGCCGCGAACGCGAGAAAACUGCAGCGUCCCUGUCGCGUCUCGAGGAGGAGGUCGCGCGGCGCGCAGAUGUAGAGAUGCGCCUGCGGGCCGACGCUGCAACCUUGUGCGAGCGAGUAAAGGAUUUGGAGAUGCGUGCUAUUACUGCAGAGGAAAAAGCACAGCACUCGGAACGAGAAAUAGUGCGCCUCGCAGCCGACCUAAAGGCCGCAGAAGAGGCCGGCGCACUCGCCGCAGACGCUUCUCGCGGCUCCGCGCUGCAGCUGGAAACGGCCCUGGCCGAGCUGCGAUUGGAAAAUAAAUGGUUGCGUGACCGCAAUGACGAGCUGUGCGCAGAGCUAGAGGUGGCGCCGCAGCAGAGCGCGCGCAGCGGUCCCGCCCCCGCCCCCAACCCGAGCGUCGGUCCCGCCCCCGACCUCGGCCUCUCCUGGCGAGAUGAGGCGCCGCUCGAUACCUCACUCUCGCUCAAUGACUCUUGCAAUGGUUCAUUCGUUACCGAGGGAAAUGUUCAGUGCACCGUUAUCAAAACGCUUCAAGAAACUCUGUCUCGUAUUAAAGGUUUAUCCUUAUCCAAGGAUAGUACAUGUGAAUCGUGUCGGGCCGUUGCGGACAUGAUUGCUUCAGCGGCGGGCGUAGCGGAGGGCGCAGCUGAGGGCGCAGCUGAGGGCGCAGCGGAGGGCGCAACUGAGGGCGCAGCGGCGAACGCCGACGUCGGAGCGCAGACCGACGCCUACGCCACCGCUCUUAGUGCGCAACAAAUAGACGCCGACGAGAGAGAUCAAUUAAUGGCCGUCAUAAGCGAGCUGGAGUCAUCGUACGAGCAGCUGAAGAGGGAGUACGAGCAGAGCGAGGAGUACUGGGCGGGCAAGGUGGAGGAGGAGCGCGAGGCGUGCGGCGAGGAGCUGCGCGCGGCGGACGAGCGGCUGGCGGAGCUGGUGGCGCGCAUCGCCGAGUACGAGCGGCAGUUCACGCGCGCGCCGCUGCCCGCCAUCGAGGAGCGCGCCGCCCUCGAGCAACAGGUCACCGCGCUCGAGGACGAGUUCGCCGCAUACCGCCGCGACGCCGAGGCGCGUCUGGCCGCCCGCGCCGCCGACCUCGUCGCGCUGCGCCGCCGCCUCGCCGACCUGGAGCGCCGCACCGCCCCCACCCCCGCCCCCGCCCCCGCGCCCGCCCCCACCACCGUCAGUACACCUUCUGUUACUUCUCACUUUUAUAAUAUGAUACCGUUGAUUGUGCAUGGAGAGAUGCGAGUGUUCGCAUGCAGCGUGCUGUGA